GUGGGUUAAAAAGUGUUCUAAUUCACCAUAUUUAUUCCUUACGUAAACUUGCUUUCCUUCAAAAAUAAAAAGCAUUGCUCAAUGGGAUCUCGUGAUUAUACCAAUGGAAGCCUAAAUGGACCAAGUGAAUAUUCUUAUAAGAGGAAAUUUAAUUCGCUUGAACCGUCAAAAGUUCUGCAUAUAUCUAAUUUACCGUUUGAUACUACCGAGAGAGAACUUAAUCAAUUUUGUUCUCCAUUUGGUGUUUCAAGGAAAAUAAUGAUUAUUAAAAAUAAAAAUCAAGCAUUUAUUGAAAUGGAAUCAGAGUAUGAUGCUACCAAUCUAAUGGACUAUUUUCAAAUUUUUGAUAUACAUUUACGAAGUAAUAAAAUUGUCAUACAAUAUUCAAAUCACAAAAAUCUAUCUGUAAAACAUGAUAAUGAUUAUGAUGAUACAUAUUCUAAAACAAACACUUCACCAGUAUUACAUGUUAAAAUUGAUAACAUGUCAUGUCCUAUUACCAUUGAUGUUUUAUAUCAAAUUUUUUCUAAAAAUGGUCAAGUUAUGAAAAUUGCAACUUAUAAUAAAUUAGGUGAAUUUGGAGCUUUAAUUCAAUAUUCUGAUAGUUUUACAGCAUCCAAUGCACGCACAACUCUAAAUGGUCAAAAUAUAUAUAAUAAUUGUUGUAAGCUUCGAAUAGAUUUUCACAAAAAAGAUGAUCUCCAUAUUUCACCAAAUGAUCCCCUUUGUCGUGAUUAUACUCUUCCACUCAAUGAUAGGAGUAUUUUAAACAAUCCUAUAUUUAACAAUAUGCCAAAUAUUGCUGCUGCCUCUAUGCUUGGUCCACAACUAUUGCAAAAUGUUAUUGGAGUUAACAAGAAUUCUCUUUCGCCAAAUAAUGAUUUUAAUAUGCGAAAUGAUAAAAGGAUGAAAAAUAAUAAUUCUUCUAAUCCACCAACACCAGUUUUAUUAGCUAGUAAUUUAAGUAAAGAAAUGUCUACCCCUGAUAAAAUAUUUGCACUUUUUGGUGCAUUUGGAGAUGUCCAAAAAGUAAAAGUUCUCUACAAUAAAAGAGAUGCUGCCUUAGUACAAAUGAUGGAUACAACUCAAGCGGGUAUGGUUUUAGACUUUUUACAUGGUAGCAUUGUAUUUGGUAAAGAAAUCAGGAUUACCUCAUCAAAAUAUCACGAAAUUUCAUUCCCUGCCAUACCCUUAAAUGAAGAGGGUUCUUCUGAUGAUGAAAAUGGGGAAAAGAGACUCUUAACAAAAGAUUACACCAACUCUCCUUUGCAUAGGUACCGUAAAGCAGGUUCUAAAAAUUAUAAUAAUAUAUGUCCACCUAGUUGCAUAUUACAUAUUUCCAAUAUUCCUUCUACACUUACUGAAGAUGACAUUAAACACAUCUUUAAAGAUUCUGGUUUCUUUGUUGAUAGAUUUAAAUUUUUUCCUAAAACACGUAGCAUGGCUCUAGUUAGAUUAUCAACAGAAGAAGAUGGCAUAAAAGCUUUGGUGUUAUUAAACAAUUAUACUGUCAGUGGAGAAAAGGGUGAUUUGGCUGAGAAACAUUUGAGAAUAUCUUUUAGUCCAUCUAAAAUGUGAAUUUCUUGAAUGAAAAGGCAUAAAUACCUAAGUAUGUUAAAUGUUUUUUUAAAUAAAUUGAUUCCUUAUCUUUUUAUAUCAUCAUUUUUUAAUCUAUAAUUCUCAAUCAUAUGUAAAUACAAUUACUUAUAUAUAUGUAAAUAAAAUAUUUAAGACAUGAUUUAUAUAGAUAUAAGUUUCAAUUUUCAUUAUCUGGGCAUCUAUUUUCCUCUUUUUCAUGUAUAUAUUUGUUCAGUAAUUUUUUAUUAUCUUAUAUUCCAAUUCUUAAAUGUAUUGAUCUUUUUUUUGUAUUUUCACAUUGAUAUUUCUUAUUAGCUUCAUCUAUUUC